UAAAAAGAUGAGGCUCUGCCUUUUAUUUUAAAAACUACAUAGUUUCAAAUCGUAGAUAAUGUUUUAACGAGAAGCUGUAGCAUUUUGAAAUACAUAUUUUUAAUUUCACAAUCAUUUGCUUUAUAAUAACUGAUUAUUUUUAACUUAAGGACUUUAUAAAGGCGUAUCGUAAUUUUCGUUUUUAAAUUGUAAGUUGUAAUCAUCUGUCAGUGUCACUUUGUGUCAAAUGCGAAAGAAGGGAAUCAAAUUUUCGCCGCUGUCAAACCAAAAAACGAGUGCUUAAGCUACUAAUACUAGUACAAAUAGUAUUUUAUUAUACCAAUUUUACUUUUUAGUAUGUCAUGCAGUUACGCAGAUGGUUUGUCACGCUACGAAGAUAAAGGAAUAUGCGGACUACCUGAGGUACAUGAUCCAGAAGAAAAGAUUACAUUGAAAGCCAUACAACUUGCCCAGUGGAUCCAAGAGUCUGAACAUGUGGUAGUGCACACUGGAGCUGGAAUUAGCACAUCGGCAGGAAUCCCAGACUUCAGAGGACCAAAGGGUGUCUGGACUUUAGAACAGAAAGGAGAGAAACCUCAGAUCAACAUUUCCUUCAGUUCUGCCAUUCCAACAAAAACACACAUGGCUUUAGUUGAAUUUAUGAAGUUAGGAUUAAUUCAUUUUGUUGUGAGCCAAAAUGUAGAUGGCUUACAUUUGCGCUCAGGUCUUCCUCAAGACAAAUUCUGUGAACUUCAUGGUAACAUGUUUCUUGAUAAAUGUAAACAGUGUCAAAGACUGUUCAUAAGAAGUCAGGCUUCUGUGAGUGUGGGUCAAAAAUGUACAGACCAACCAUGCCCUCUGAGGAAAACAAAUGGACGAGUAUGUAGGGGGAAACUUUAUGACACAAUUCUGGAUUGGGAGGAUGAACUACCUGAGGAAGACUUGGAACUAGCUGAUGUUCAUUCCAGGGUGGCUGAUCUUAGCAUUUGUCUUGGAACAACACUUCAGAUAGUUCCCAGUGGAAGUUUACCACUCCUCACCAAAAAAAAUGGUGGACGCAUGGUGAUUUGUAAUCUGCAACCCACAAAAUGUGAUCAUUUUGCUGACCUUAUCAUCCAUGACUAUGUUGAUAACUUCAUUGAAAAGCUUGCCAUGCAUUUAGGUGUGUCAAUUCCUCCUUAUUGUCCUGAACAGGAUCCCACACUUAAGACCAAGUCUUCUGUCAUGGAGUAUUCUCCAUUACGACUCCUUCCGAAGCAUAAAUUGGUACAUUCAAAUAAAAUGCGAAAAAGAAAAUGUAAGAGAGAUGAUCAAAAGUGCAAAAGUGAAAUAGAAUACCAAAGGACAAAGCAUGAAUUACCAAAUACAAAAGUAGAAAAAAAUACACAGUACAGCAAUGAAACACAAGAAAACAUACAAACUGAUCUUGAAACAGAAAAUACCACAUAACAUAGACUUAAAGACAAAGUCACACUAAACAAACUACAAACACAUAUAUCUACUCAAUAAUAUUUUAAAAAAUGAAAAAUUCUUAUCACACCAGAACAAAAAAAGGUUGGAAAAUUGUACAUGUAAAAACAAACAAACUUAUUUUAUCAAGAAAAGCAAGUUAAAUCUGACCACAAAACAUGCUUAUAAAAUUAAAUUCCUCAAUUAAAGAAGAGGUAACUUUAGAUGAGGAUUUACUAAAAGUGUAGGAUUGAAGAAUAAGAACAUAAAGGGUUAGAUAUAAAAAAGAUUUAGAAUUGUGAAAAUCCAAACUUUUUAUAUUUUUUAAUUGAAGUUUAUAAGAUAAAUACAACAUGAUCUCUAUCUCCAAAAUAAUGUUAUUAUAACUUAUUAUUAGGAUGAAAUUCCUGAAGAAGCCAUAAGACAAAAUAUCAAGUUAUGAUAAAAAUAAUAUUCUGAUCAUUGGUUGUAUUGUAUUUAUUUUAGAAAGUAUUUCUACUCUUCUUAUCAGAUGAAUUCUACAGUAUAAACACGUAACAAAGAUUUAUCUCUGUAAAUUGUGAUAUGAAGAACUACUGUAUGGUGAAGUUUUAUACUACUAUCAAAUCUGUUUUUAUUCCCAUUUACUGAAAUGUGCAAACGUUUUUUAAUUCCAAGAUUUAGGUUACAAUUCAGCUUUUGUAUAUUUAAUUGGUCAGGUCAAGAACUUUAUAUUUGUUUUUAUAGCAUUUUAAUAACUUUUCUUUUUUUUUUGAACUUAGUAUAAUUUCAAUCACCUUUGUAUAGAAUAUUGUUAUAUUUUGGUAUAUGAAAAACUGUAUUCUAGAGUUUGUUGCUUUAAGGAAGCAAAAAAGAAUUAGUUUAUUUUGAAUAUCAUGCCCAGCUUUGUAUUCUAUCAUAAAUGAGGCAAGCAACAUAUUCUAGGUAACAACUUCAUUGAUUUAAACUAAAUGUAUUUUGUGGAAAUAAAAAAUAUUCUGUAUAGUUUUUAAAAGGUCAAAUUUCAUCUUGAAACAUGUUUAAAGUAGUAGGAAAUAUUUUUGUAAAUGACAAACAAGUGAAACAAGUUUGUGUAAAAUACAAGUUUAAAGCUUUUCUUCUUCAAGGUAAUUUAUUUGUAAAUAAUCAUCAAUGAGUUCAGCAAAAGUACUUUACUAUAGUAAAUCUAAUAAACUGUUCUAAAAAGCUCAA